ACGCUCCCACUCAGUCGCUUCGGGAGGCGGACUGAGCCACAGCAAGUCCCUUUAACUGGAGCUGAGCUUAAGAUCCAGCGUGCACGCAUCUGACAAACACAUCUGUUCUGCAAAGGAGAGAAGGAUUUUCAAGAGGGAGGGAGAUAAAUACAGGAUCUGUCCCAGUCAGAGGUUACGUCCCGGUGGUCUGCGGCCUCCCCCCAGUGCUGAAAAAUGAGUCUGAGCACCAGCGAGCUGGAGGACCUGUGGGAGUCGUGGGGGGAGCUGAACUUCUCCGAACCCUUCAGCAACAUCUCCAGCGUGGAGGCGAUGGUGUGCGCCUCGGCGUUCAACCGCAGCGCCCUGCUCUACUCCAUGUGCGUCCUCUACUCCUUCAUCUUCGUGGUCGGCCUGGCCGCCAACGCGCUGGUGCUGUGGGUCAACGUGCGCGCUCAGAGGGACUCCACCCCGCGCCACGAGACGCACAUGUACAUCGCCCACCUGGCGGUGGCGGACCUGUGCGUGUGCGCCACGCUGCCCGUGUGGGUGAGCUCGCUGGCCCAGCACGGCCACUGGCCCUUCGGCGAGGUGGCCUGCAAGCUCACGCACCUGCUGUUCUCCGUCAACCUCUUCGGCAGCAUCUUCUUCCUGGCCUGCAUGAGCGUGGACCGCUACCUGAGCGGGACGCAGCAGCGGGAGGAGGGCGGCGCGCGCAGGAGGCUGAUCCGCCGGGCCGCGUGCGUCGGGGUGUGGCUGCUGGCUCUGGUGGCCUCCCUGCCGGACACGCACUUCCUGCGCACGGUGAAGGCGACGCACGGGGACACCAUGCUGUGCAGACCCGUGUACCCCGAGGAAAACCCCCGGGAGUGGAUGGUGGGGGUCCAGCUCAGCUUCAUCCUGCUGGGCUUCGUGCUGCCCUUCCCCGUCAUCGCGGUGUUUUACGCCCUGCAGGCGAGAGCCUUCUCCCGCUCCCCUUCCUCCUCCUCGUCCUCCUCUUCCUCCCCGGUGGAGCAGGAGCGGCGCGUGAGCCGCAGGGUGAUCCUGGCCUACAUCGUGGUGUUUCUGGCCUGCUGGGGGCCGUACCACGCCGUCCUCCUCGCCGACGCCCUGUCGCAGCUGGGCCUGGUGCCGCUGACCUGCGGCCUGGAGAACGUGAUCUACGUAGCCCUGCACCUCACCCAGUGCCUGUCCCUGCUCCACUGCUGCUUCAACCCCAUCCUUUACAACUUCAUCAACAGAAACUACCGCUACGACCUCAUGAAGGCCUUCAUUUUCAAAUACUCCACUCGGACGGGCUUGGCGCGUCUCAUCGAGGCCCCCAACAUGUCCGAGACCGAAUACUCUGCCGUAGCCGUAGAAAACCCGCCUCUCAUCUGAAAGACAAACAUUUUUAAUGACUCUGAUGCAGCAUAAACUUAUGUUACAGGUGAUUUCUUCUGUCCAAAGCCAAUUCAGAUUCUUUUUUUUUAACAGAAACCUGCUUUAGUCAUAGAUAAACUUGAAGACUGCGACUGGUCGUCUCUGGUGGACUGAUUGAAAAGCACUUAAAGCAGUUUAUAUUAACAGCUGAUACUGAAAUCAUAUAGAUGCUAGUCAUAGUUGUAAAGUAAAACCAUUGAUUUUAAACUGUAUGAAAUCGUUGCCCUUACUUGUGUGUGUGGGACUGUAUUAUGUGUGCGUUUGUGUGCGUGUGUGAGUGAUUUGCGAUGUAUAUUGACAGUAUCAGCAGUGUAUUAUCUAUGUAUCUCGUUGUAUUUAUAUGCAUCUAAACAGUUUUGCCUCUUUCCUGUUGCAAAUGCAAAGUCUUCACACACUGUCGUCCGCUCAGCGCUCCACGUCGCACAACACUGCCUCAUCUUCACGCCGACUGGCUCUGUGAUUUAGUCCUGCUGUCUCAGGGUGAAUCAAAAAUAUCAGCUAAAGCCCUCAGAAAGUGAAGCUUUUAGAUUCAAGUACUUUAUUUCUUCGAAAUAGAUGUAUUUGAGGAGAUUAAUAUCAAUCUUGUGUCAUGAAAUUGCUUAUUAGCUCAGUUUAUUUCAGCUUAGCCGUGCCACCUCCCUUACCGUUCGCUUUUCUUCUGGCUUUGAUAAUAAUCCCUGGAGGCUCCAGCUGGGACUACUGAUCUUGCAGAGCAUCUAAAUGAAGUUUCUGAUGUUUGCUGAAGGUUAUUUUAUUCAACCAAACAUCACAAUACCGCGCUUUGCCAUUUUUAAUUCACAACAACGCUCGUAGUGGAAGAGGCGCAGCCCAUAGGUCCAUGUGGUAUUAAUCGCGCUUCGUCAGCACAGAGACCACAGACGGCUCAAACUUUAUGAGCAAAUGAAAAUAAAUGGCUUUUACUCAUCCACUGCAGGCAGCAGCUGAAUGUCGUUUGAUACCGAAUAACCAAAAUCGUCAGCGCAUUUACCUUGGAGCUGUGCGUGCGAAUACGUGUGUGUCUGACAGCGAGGGGGGAUGUUUUGUUUUGUCAUAGACUAUUCGCCGUUUUAUCUGUCUGCGCUGAUGCUGAGUACGAUGUGUCGCGUGGUUGGUUACACAUGUAUGCUUUUACACUGAAAAGAUGUGGGCUGUGAUUGGGACAGAGUGGAAACAAACAUGUCUGCACAAGAGCAGAGGCAUUCCUUUGACAUUGUAAUGUUUUGUUAUAUAUUAAAUACAGAGAAAACGCUG